AGCCGCCGCGCCACGUCCUCCCAGGUGAGUUUAUUCUUCACUAAGAGGCUUACUCUUCCUCCUCCGUCGCUCCCCACAAUCCUCUACAGUGAGGAGCUUCAGGGACCUGAUACCUGCUGACGGACGUCGUGAGGUGUGUCCGUGAUCUGCUGCAGUCAUGUGUGACCAGACCUUCGUGGUGGCCACCUUCGGCCCGUGCGACAACUGCACCACCCCGAGCCCCCUGAUGAACAUCUACGUGAAGAACGAGGCCAUCAACUACUGCUCCCUGUGUGUGGAGCGGAUGGCCUACCAGGAGCUGCAGAAGGGGGAGAGCCUGGCGUCCCUGCGGAGGGAGAGCGAGAGCCUGAAGAAGAAGCUGGAGGUGGAGCGAGGCAAGCUGAGCGACGUGGAGCUGAGCCAGGUUGCAGAGAAGGUGGAGGUCGUCGGAGCUCUCUCCAUCAAGUCCCGCCGCCUGCUGAAGGGUCACACCAACAAGGUUCUGUGCAUGGACUGGUGCAAGGACAAGCGCCGGAUGGUCAGCUCCUCUCAGGAUGGGAAGGUGAUUGUGUGGGAUGCUUACACCCUCAAUAAGGAGCACGGGCUGUCUCUGCCCUGCACCUGGGUCAUGGCCUGCGCCUACUCUCCCUCCGGCUGUGCCGUGGCCUGCGGUGGACUGGACAACCGCUGCUCCGUGGUGCCGCUGUCGCUGGACAGGAACGAAAACCUGUCUGCCAAGAGGAAGCCGGUGGCCAUGCACACCAACUACGUGUCCGGCUGCACCUUCACCAACUCUGACAUGCAGCUGCUGACCUGCAGCGGCGACGGCACCUGUGCCCUGUGGGACGUGGAGAGCGCUCAGCUCCUGCAGAGCUUCCAUGGACACACGGCCGAUGUCUUGUCGCUGGACUUGGCUCCUUCUGAGAACGGAAACACUUUUGUCACCGGGGGCUGCGAUAAGAAGGCCAACGUGUGGGACAUGCGCUCCGGUCAGAACAUUCAGUCCUUCGAGAGCCACGAGUCCGACGUCAACUGUGUGAAGUAUUACCCCAGCGGCGACGCCUUCGCUUCUGCCUCGGACGAUUCCACCUGUCGCUUCUAUGACCUGCGAGCCGACCGCGAAGUGGCCGUCUACCAGAAGGACAGCCUUGUUUUUGGAGCGUCCAGCGUGGACUUCUCUCUCAGCGGUCGCCUGCUUUUUGCCGGCUACAACGAUUACACCAUCAACGUGUGGGACGUGCUGAAGGGCACUCGAGUCUCCAUCCUGUUCGGCCAUGAGAACCGAAUCAGCCGAGUCCGAGUGUCUCCCGACGGCACGGCCCUCUGCUCCGCCUCCUGGGACAACACUCUGCGGGUGUGGGCCUAGAGCUGCUGUGAUCCAGUGAAGUGGACGUCCCAGUCUGCUGACAUCAGACCAGCUGCUGAAGGGUGUCUGUAACCCAUGACCUAAAUUACGAGCACAGUGUGAUCGGUGUCAUCCACCAGUGGUUGGUUUUCCAGUCGCCGAUUGAUUUAUUGGAACAAAAGUAGAUGACUCAGGGGCUUCACUCAUGUCCAGGCCAGUUUUUCUACCUCAGGUUUACGUAACAAUCCAGAACCCUCAUGUCAGUCCAAUUCAGUGUCUGGUCUCUGCGUGUCCGGGGUGCAAACGUCACCACGCCGUGGGUCAUAAUGGCCAAACCCACACAGAUAAACUGGAACAUUAUGACCACUUCACUUCAGGACCCACCCCACUGGACUCUAAAGGUCAUAAUGUUCCAGCCAGUAGGUGAGUGUGAGCCAGAAAACUCUUAUCAGCGUUGUCACUUUCGUAUCAUGAGUGUUUUUGUAGCUUGGAGAAUAAAGCAUAUUUUAAGCUUAUUCCUUGAC